AUGAUAGCUUUGCUGCUGCUGGCGCUGGUCGCUCACUCCUUUGCUCUGCCUCUGCCGUCUGAGGACAACAACAGGCUUUUAGCAGAGAAGUACCUCCGCCGGUUCUAUGACCUUCCAGCUGCUCUCCAAGGCAAGUCGUCAGGUAUCUUUGAGACCAAGAUCAAGGAGAUGCAGAGAUUCUUCAAUCUCAAGGUAUCAGGGAAUCUGGAUGACAACACUUUGGAGGUGAUGAAGCUGGCCAGAUGUGGCGUCCCAGACAUUGGGGAAUACAACCACUUCCCCCGACACCUCAAAUGGCAAAAUAACAAUGUCACAUUCAGGAUAGUGAAUUAUACACCAGAUCUGAAGAAGUCUGAUGUAAACAGAGCCAUCCGCACUGCACUGAACGUUUGGUCUGACGUCACCCCGCUGACCUUCAAGAAGCUGCACGAGGGCAACGCCGACAUUAUGAUCAGUUUUGGAGCAAAAGAGCAUGGAGACUAUAACCCUUUUGACGGGCCUAAUGGAUUGCUGGCCCACGCCUACCCACCCGGCCCAGGUAUCGGAGGAGACACUCACUUUGAUGAGGAUGAACACUGGAGCAAAGAUUCAUCAGCUUACAACCUGUUUAUAGUGGCGGCCCAUGAGUUGGGCCACGCCCUCGGUAUGUCCCAUUCCACAGACCCGGGCGCUCUGAUGUACCCUGUCUACUCGUACGCUACAGGCUUCCCGCUGUCUGAAGAUGACAUUGAAGGCAUUCAAGCUCUCUACGGCCCAAACCCAAACCAUAGGAAAGUGAAGCCAAAGCCUGACGCACCAAACAAAUGUGACCCCAUGUUAAGUUUUGAUGCUGUCACAGAGCUCAGAGGGGAAACCAUCAUCUUCAAAGACAGAUUCUACUGGCGUCUCCAUCCUCAGAUGCCGGAGCCAGAGCAGACGCUGAUCAAAUCCACAUGGCCCUCCAUCCCCAACAAGGUGGACGCAGCAUAUGAGAACUCAGAGAAGGAUGUAGUCAUCAUAUUUAGCGGGAUCCGAAUGUGGGCUUUGAAUGGGUACGACCUUGUGGAUGGUUACCCAAAGUACAUACACAAACUUGGACUUCCCAAGAAAGUAAGGAAAAUAGAUGCAGCUGUGCACAUCCGAGACACUGGGAAAACUCUCCUCUUCACUGAUGAGGACUAUUGGAGCUAUGACGAAGCAACAAGCACCAUGGACAGUGGCUACCCACGAACCAUUGAGGAAGAUUUUCCUGGGAUGGAUGACGAGGUCGAUGCUGCUGCUUAUCACUAUGGACUUUUGUAUUUCUUCCAUGACCACAUACAGUACGAGUACAGUUACACCUCCAGGAAAGUCAUUCGCAUCCUGAGGACCAACUCCAUUCUCAACUGCUGA